AUGUCAGCUAAAGAAGGGGCUCCCAGGACCGCCAUUGUUAUCGGUGCUGGUGCUGGAGGCAUUGCCACGGCUGCCCGCCUUGCCAAAGCCGGCUACCAGGUGACGGAGGCAAAUCAAGCCAAUAUCGCUUCGACCAAGGGCCAUCAUUGCUCCUCCUCCCACCUCUUCCGCGAGACCUUCCAUGACUUGGACACCAGCCUGGAAAAUGAAGGUGUGGAUCUACUGCGGUGCCCGGUGAACUACCAGAUCUUCUUCCACGAUGGACACGUUUUCAGGCCCACCACGGACCUGGCGCAGAUGAAGCGCCAGAUCGAGCACUACGAGGGCAAGGACGGGUUCGAGCGAUACCUAGGAUGGAUGGCAGAGUCACACCAGCACUACGAGCUGAGCGUGGAGCACGUCCUGCACAAGAACUACGACAGCAUUACGACGGUCCUGACACCCUUCUUCGCCAGAAUGGCCCUCAAGCUGCACCCCUUCGAGAGCAUAUACAGCAGGGCGAGCAGGUACUUCCAGACCGACAGGCUCAGGCGGGUCUUUACCUUUGCGACCAUGUACAUGGGCAUGAGCCCGUUUGACGCGCCGAGCACGUACUCCCUGCUGCAGUAUACCGAGGCCGCGGAGGGGAUAUGGUACCCUCGUGGCGGGUUCCAGACCGUGCUGGCCAGGCUUGUCGACGUGGGUUUGCGGCUGGGAGUGACGUAUCGGCUGUCCACGCCAGUGAAGAGGAUUCUGACGAGGCAAGACGGCAGCGCCGCGGCAGGUGUGGUGCUCGAGAGUGGCGAGACGUUGCGGGCCGACACGGUGGUCAUCAACGCGGACCUGGUGUAUGCUUACAGCAACUUGUUACCGUCCCCUAGCAACACAGAGAACAGUGCCGUCAGGAGCGCUACCAGCAAGAUCAUCGAGAACUACGCCCGGUCCCUCCGGAAGCGAGACGCGUCCUGCUCCUCGAUAUCCUUUUAUUGGAGUCUGUCCCGCAAGAUCCCCGAGCUGGGCGUCCACAACAUCUUCCUCGCGGACGAGUACAAGGACUCGUUCGACGCCAUCUUCAAGCGGCAGACCCUCCCGGACGACCCAAGCUUCUAUGUCAACGUGCCAAGCCGCAUCGACCCGAGUGCAGCGCCCGAGGGCUGCGACGCGGUGAUUGUGCUGGUCCCUGUGGGCCACCUGCUGCGCUCGCGGGGCAACGAGGGCGAGACGGCGGCGGAGGAGCACGACUGGCCGGCUGUGGUCGCCCGGGCGCGCGAGGCCGUGCUGCGCACCAUCUCGGCGCGGGCAGGGUGCGAGUCGCUCGAGAGGUACAUCAUUGACGAGAUGUGCAACACGCCGUACACGUGGGAGGACAAGUUCAACCUGGACAAGGGUGCCAUCCUCGGCCUCAGCCACAACUUCUUCAACGUCCUGUGCUUCAGGCCCGCCAUCAGGGCCAAGGGGCUGAGGAACGCCUACUUUGUCGGCGCGAGCACGUACCCUGGCACGGGCGUGCCUAUUGUGCUGGCCGGCGCCAAGAUCACGACAGAAGAGAUACUGAAGGAUGCUGGGAUAAGCCCUCCAUGGGCACAAAAGGCGCCCGUGGUGCAGGAUCACGGUGCGCCGCAGAAUGGAAAUACCGCGGUGUUGGAUCGGGUGAGGUGGAGGGGAGUCAUGGAAGAGAAAUUCUGGGAGGUGAUCACCUCUGUAGGGCUGGUAUUAUCCAGCCUGCUGGUCUGGCUGUUCAGGAAUCAGCAAAGUGAGAUGUAUAAGAUUUCGUAA